CCACACACACACACACCUUUUUUGCAUUUCAAAUCUCUGUUCUUCCACUUCACGAGGUUGCACGCCAACCACCUCUUUAUCACUUACUCUCCCGGCUCCACACACAAACAAACACUCUUUCUUUAUCUGUCUCUAAUAUAUACUCUUCCUCUCAACUUGUUUCUGUUGCAUGGCAACUGCAGCAUCAAGAAGACCCAAGUGGCGCCCCCACGCUCCUCCUCCUCCCACGCCGAGGAUCCUGCACUUCUCUCGCCGGAGACCCUCUUCCCGGAGGGACCUUAAAUCCAAUACUACUAACAGGCUGGGGGCUCUCAUUGAUCGAGAAAGACGUGCACGUGUUCCAAUAGUGGUGUUGGACAACAACAAUAGUUCCGAGGGUGAGAGGAGGAGGGAGAGGGUUGAGAAUGAGAGCAGAAGCCAUAGUCCAAAAGGGUGGGCCUUGGAGGAAGAAAAGUGGAAGUUUCAAGCGGAAAUGUUGAGAGCAGAAUGUAACUUGUUGAGGAUGGAGAAGGAGAUUGCGGUUAAGAAGUUAGAGAGGACUCGUGUUAAGAUGGAGACAACUCUAAGAUCUGCACUCCACACGCUUGUUUCUGGAAGAAUCAAGAUUUGUGAAGGAAAGAAUGUUGAUAUGGUUUUGGAUGAGGAGAUUCAUGAGUUGACACAGAAACUUCAGAGAUUGCACAAGAGGUCGAAAGUCAAGGAUUUAGGGGCUAGGAAGAACAGAAAUUUUGACAAGCAAGUUUCUGUUCUGCAGAGGAGACUGGAUAAGAUUGGAGGGUCAUCAGAUGAGAUAUAUUUGAGGGAGUUUCAAGAGAUGGAAAACAUAAGCUUUUCAAUUAAAAGAAGUAGCACAGUUGAUGAUAACGUUGUUGCAAGUGGAAAACUAAAUGUGGAGAUUUUGAGGAGGAAAAUGGAGGGAUUGUCAAAGGGCAUAUUAUUGCAGAGAAUGGAGGAAGAGUAUAAUUCACUGCUGUCCACUGCUAGUAGUUCUCUUGCUAGUUCUGGUUCAAAUUCCAAAAGAGUUGAAUUUCAAGAUUCAUCUUCCGUAAGAGUACCUCAUCAGGAAAAAUUAUCCUGUGAAGGGAAUCCAUGUUCAGGACAUUGCAAGACUGUUGUACGAAGAAUUGUAGAGCAAGUUAGAACAGAAACUGAGCAAUGGUCCCAAAUGCAGGAGAUGCUAGGUAAGGUGAGGGAAGAGAUGGAGGAAUUGCAGGCUUCUCGAGAUUUUUGGGAAGAUCGGGCACGGCACUCUGAUUUUCAAAUCCAAUCCCUACACAAUGCUGUGCAAGAAUGGAAAGAAAAAGCUCUUUCAUCUGAAAAUAAAACAAAUGAGGUUGAAGCAGAACUCUCCGUACUCCGUGGUGAUCUUGAAAGAUUGAGGAAGGAACAGAAUGCAGCAAAGGGGACCAAAUGUUUAUCAAUUCCCGUGGACACACAGAAUGAGUUGGAAAAGCGAAUAGUGGUUUGUAACUCAAAGGAAAAGAAUGAUGUUUUAAGGAGUGGGGAAAGAAAAGCACAUGGUGGUCGUAGAGGAGGUGGAUUCUUAGCCCCAAAACGAUCACCACUCCGAGACAUUGGGAACUCAUCAUCAUCAUUGUUGAUGAAGCAGAAUAAUAAUGGCAAAGCAGUUUUCCCUUUGCGUUGCCAUCUUUCUUCAGAUGUUUGAGAUCUUCAUGUAAUAUGUACCUAUAUUAUAUUAUAUGCCAAGAGAAUAAAUUGAUGUAGCUGAAGCUUUCAUUUGUUAAAAGAAUAAAAUUUAGCUCUUAAAGA